AUGGAGCCCUACUACGAACCGGACUCAGAGUUUCGCGAGCCGCUCACGGACGUGGAUGCGUUCCUCGACAGUGCGCGGUACAACGAAGCCGGUGACCUGGAUCUGCUCAAGGCGUACCUGGAGAAGAACCCGAGCGACGUCGACGCGCGGGAUGAGCAGGGCCGCACGGCGGUGCACAUGGCAGCUGCGAAUGGCCACAUGCCCAUCUUGGAGAUGCUCUUCCAGUUCAACCCCCAACCAAAUGUCCCGAAUGAUGAGGGCAACACGGCCCUGCACUUUGCUGCGCUGAACAACCGCGUCGCUGCGGCGGAGGCGCUGCUGGCGCACGGGUGGAGGGCGGCUGAGCAGAACAUCAUGGGCAAGACCGCGCUGCAGCUCAUUUACGAGAAGCAGUACAACGAGAUGGAGACGCUGCUCAUGAGCCGUGAUGAGACGCUCGAUACCUACGUUCCGCCCACCCAGGCUUCCGUGAUGGUCGACCUCUCAGCCAAGGAAGGGGACGAGGACGAGGACAACGAGCGAGAAGAGAAGCCGACCGUGGAGGCGAAGGUUGCGGCAGAACGCAAGACACCACCGGCACCCAUGGCGCCUGCAAAGAAAAUUGUGCCAUCGGCGAGCGAGGCGCCAGCACCUGUGGUGCCCGUGGAUGCGACAACCAGUACACAGAUGCUUGGCUCUGCCUCUGUGGAUAGUAUCGAGUAG